CGCCAGCGAACAGAGCCAUACAUAUAUAAGAACCCGACCCGUUUUCUAGUCGACAGUUUAGUGUGAGCUUCCAGUUACAUUCAUUCGACACAACGUCUGUCUGUUGUGCUACAGCAAAGCAAACCCUGCACCUAAUUUCCAACAUGAACCGCAUCAUCAUUGCCCUGACUGCCGUGCUUGCGUGCGCCUCGGCCCAAGUCUUCCUGAACCAACCAAUCCCGCUCGCGCUGCACCAACCGGCUCCCGUGCGAGAGGCUUCCCUCGCUCAUCCAGCGGUGGUAGAAAAUGCGCUGCACGAGGCGCAAUAUCCGGAUCAGUUCCGCAACAACUUCUACAAGAACCCGCAUAUUGCCGACGCACUUGCCAAGCAGUCGUGGUUCGGAGAUAAGGAGAUGCCCGUCUUUGAGCGUGAAGCCGACAAGAUUCCGCGUGACCGCAUCGUGAAGAUCUUCAAGAAUGCCGGAUUUGUGCGACGCCGCUAAAGCACACGCACACACACAGAAUCUACUCGGAUGACGGAAAUGUCAGUGAUCAGUUCAAUGAUCAGUGCACCAGACCACCUCAUCCAAAGGGACACCAAUAUAUGCUCAACUUGCCUACUUUCAGCGUGUUCCGGAAAAAUGCUAUUUUCCGGUUGAAUGCUUGUGAUGUUUGUGUCUAUGUUCAUAUGUAAAUAGUCGUUAAUUUAUUGUGCCAAUAAACUAUUUAUUAUGAUUUAAAUCAAAUCAGUG